AUGUGGACUUGUUCUUACCUCAGUUCCUCACAGGCAGAUAUUAGCGUUUCUAAGCGUUUUUUCUCACUGUAUUACUCUUGUUCAUCUAGGUAUUCUGGCCUGCAUAUUUCAAUGGCUCUGAGUCAUUCUUCUCCCUCUUCUUCCAAUACUACUACUUCUUUUACUAAUACUACGACUUCUACUACUACUAUUUCUUCUUCUACUACUACUAAUGCUUCCUCUUCUACUACUACUAUUACUACUACUUCUUCUUCUCCUACCACUACUUCUUUUUCUUCUUCUUCUACUACUAUUACUACUAAUGCUUCUUCUACUACUACUACUGCUACUACUAUUACUACUACUUCUUCUUCUUCUUCUUUUUCUUCUUCUUCUACUACAACUUCUUCUUUUUCUUCUACUACUACUAUUACCAACUACUUCUUUUCUUUUUCUAUUACUACUACUUCUUUUUCUUCUCCUACUACUACUUCUUUUUCUUCUUCUUCUACUACUAUUACUACUAAUGCUUCUUCUACUACUACUACUAUUACUACUACUACUUCUUCUUCUUCUAUUACAACUUCUUCUUUUUCUUCUACUACUACUAUUACUACUACUUCUUUUCUUUUUCUAUUACUACUACUUUUUCUUCUUCUACUACUAUUUCUUUUUCCUCCUCUACUACUACUAUUAUUACUACUUCUUUUUUACUUCUACUGCUACUACUACUUCUUUUACUUCUACUGCUACUACUACUUCUUUUUAUUCUUCUACUAA